ACAUUAACGGUUACCUUACACACCUCAUCUCCACUCCAUCAUCAGUAGAAGUGAAAGACUAUGGCCACUCUCUUCUCCCUCCCUUUAUCUUCCUCCGCUUUUCUUUCCUCUCUCAAAAAUUCCCUAAAUCAAUCGACUUUCCCAAGAAACAAACAAACCCUCCAUUUCAAAACCCCUCUCUCUGUACACUCUCUUCUCUCCCCUGAAUCUGACCCACCACCACUGGCCAUCCAAACCUUCUGGCAGUGGCUCUCCAGCGAAGGAAUCAUCUCUUCCAAGUCUCCGGUGAAGCCCGGAAUUGUACCUGAAGGUCUGGGACUGGUUGCUCAGAGAAACAUAGCUCGAAAUGAGGUCGUUUUGGAAGUACCCAAGAAGUUCUGGAUCAACCCAGAUACAGUCUCGGGUUCGGUGAUUGGGAGUGUUUGCGGUGGUUUGAAGCCUUGGGUCUCUGUUGCUCUGUUUUUGAUCAGAGAGAAGAAGUUAGGAGAUGACUCCAAGUGGCGAUAUUACAUUGAUAUUCUUCCAGAGUACACUGAUUCUACUAUAUAUUGGUCAGAAGAGGAGCUCUCUGAGAUUCAAGGGACCCAACUGUUGAGCACGACAAUGGGGGUGAAAGAAUAUGUGCAGAGUGAAUUUGAAAAAGUGGAAGAGGAAGUCAUACUUCCUCAUAAGCAGCUUUUCCCUUUCCCUAUAACAUUUGAUGAUUUUCUGUGGGUGUUUGGGAUACUCAAAUCAAGAGCAUUUUCUCGCCUUCGUGGACAAAAUCUUGUUCUGAUCCCUCUUGCCGACCUGAUCAACCACAGCCCCAACAUAACCACAGAGGAAUAUGCAUAUGAGAUCAAAGGAGCCGGUCUUUUCUCUAGGGACCUUCUAUUCUCUUUACGGAGUCCAGUAUAUGUCAAGGCUGGUGAGCAGGUACUGAUACAAUACGAUCUGGAUAAGAGCAAUGCUGAGUUGGCUAUGGAUUAUGGAUUCGUAGAAUCAAGGCCAGAGCGCAAUGCAUAUACCUUAACGCUACAAAUAUCUGAAUCGGAUGAAUUUUUUGGGGACAAGCUGGACAUUGCUGAAUCAAAUGGUCUGAGCGAAACUGCAUACUUCGACAUCACUUUGGGCAGUCCUCUCCCACCUGCAAUGAUUCCGUAUCUGCGGCUCGUAGCACUUAGGGGAACUGAUGCUUUUCUCCUCGAGUCCAUAUUUAGAAACGCUGUUUGGGGCCACCUUGACUUGCCUGUUAGCCGUGCCAAUGAAGAGCUCAUAUGCCAAGUUGUCUGCAGUGCUUGUAACUCUGCUCUUGCUGGCUAUCAUACCACGAUUGAAGAGGAUGAGAAGUUGAUGGAAGACGAAAAUCUUGAUCCGAGGCUUCGGAUAGCAGUCGGGAUUAGAGCAGGGGAGAAGAAAGUGUUACAACAAAUAGAAGGAAUUUUCAAGGAGAGGGAACUAGAAUUGAAUGAGUUGGAAUACUAUCAAGAAAGGAGGCUCAAGGAUCUUGGCCUCGCUGGCGAGCUAGGCGAAAUAAUUUUCUGGGAGCCCAAGUAGGAAAUUCCGAGGUCUUCUACAUGUAGCGAUUACAAAAUGGGGUUUAAGAGGCAAUUCCGUGAAUGCUACGGAAAAUGAAGACUCCAAUGUACUGACCAGAGAAAAGAGAACAGCUUAUACAGACCAUUAAUCAAGUUUCCGGGGAGAUUUGGAUAUGGAUCUUUCUACAGAGGUUUAUUUUCUUGUCUUAAUUUUUUUCACAACUUAAAGCUUAGUCUAUGUUACCCAGAUUUACCUAUCGCUAGGCUACCUCCUACUCAAAAGACAGAGAGUGGUUACCCAUAUGUAUUAUUUAAACUCUGACCUGAUGCAUUUCCAUGACAAGAGUGACAAUCAAUCUGUAAUAUGCCAUUUCCUCCAUUCACUUGGAAACCAAGUUAUCUUUUUAAUAA